AUGUGCGGUGAAACCGGUGUUACUGAGCAACUCGAGAUUAACGAAUUCGCUCAGUCACAAACGACGGAUGCGUCUUCCAUGGACGACAGCAAUACAGAGGAGUUGAGAAAGUCAAGUGAAAUCGAUUGCACGGUGGAACUCGAGGUCGGAGCAUUGAUCGGUGAAGAGAGUCAUGAAGACUGCGAUCAACUAGAUGGUCGCUUCGGUUUUGCUGCUCAGAAUACUUUGCAUUCUGGUCGAAGAAACAUGGCGAACGCGAAUAAUUUCCCUGAAAAGUCAUUUGACUCAGCAGACCGUGGUGUCAGAAAGCGCAAACCACCAAUGUAA